AUGUCUCAACUGCAAGCCAUACAACUGAGAGCCGACGUCUACAACGCACCGGCAAUACCAACGAACGUCACAUUACCUAACGGCACUAUAGGCCUGUGGCAACCAACAGUGCUGACUCUCAUCUCGGGUCCUACCGAAGCCGUCCUUGUCGACACACUCUUCACCCACGAUCAAGGAGUGGAUGUUGCGGAUUGGCUGGACGAGAUCCUCGGAAACAAGACGUUGAAGUACAUCUACAUCACACAUGGGCAUGGGGAUCACUGGUUUAACGUACCAUAUCUGAAGACUCGUUUCCCAGGCGUCUCUGCGGUGUCCACGCAGCAUUCGAUCGACCACAUGGCAGGUCAAAUCUCACCUGACGGGAGAGCCUUCUGGUAUGAGCUUUUUCCAGCACAGAUUGACGACGAUUCUUUCAAUCCCAAUAUUCCUGUGACACCGCUACCAGACAAGAAAUUUGUCAUUGAAGGACACACUCUGGAAGCGACUGACGUUGGGCAUUCUGACACCGACAACACCACGUUUCUCUACGUUCCGGCGUUGGAUCUAGCGGUGACCGGCGACAUCGUGUACAACGACGUGCACUUGUGGAUGGUUGAAUCUCCUUCGCAAACUCUUCGCGAUGCCUGGGUCAAGUCCCUGGAUAAGCUGGAGGCUUUUGGCGCUGGCUUAGUUGUUGCUUCUCAUCAUCGGUUCGGAGGUCUGGAUGGUGCUUUCAACAUCGAAGCUACAAGAGAGUACAUCACGACGUUUAGCAGACUCGUCGAGUCGUCGAAGAAUGCCACCGAGCUUUAUGGCAAGGUCUUGUUGGCAUAUCCGCAGCGGCUUGGCUUGGCCGCGCUCUCGCUGAGUUGUAUGGCGCAGUUUAAGUCGUGA